UCUGGGACAGGUUUAUAAUUAACAGCACAUCCAAGUCACACACCUGUGAGACAAGAGAGAGGGACCAGUUGACAGUCUGGAAGAAAGUCCCACAGAGUGAAGAAAACAAAUGGACACCACCGUGGGCCCGGCAACGCCUGCUCCGGAAAAGGAUAAAAUCCCUAUCAAUAAUCCUGCAGACAUCUCCGUUAUUGUGGUGUAUUUUGUUGUGGUCCUGGCAGUAGGAAUAUGGGCAAUGGUAAGGACAAGCCGUGGCACUGUGGGAGGUUUCUUCCUGGCAGGACGCAGCAUGGUGUGGUGGCCGAUUGGGGCAUCUCUGUUUGCCAGUAACAUUGGGAGUGGACAUUUUGUGGGUCUCGCUGGGACGGCAGCUGCUGGUGGCAUCGUUAUUGGAGGUUUUGAAUGGAAUGCUCUGGUUAUUGUGGUGAUCCUUGGCUGGGUCUUUGUGCCAAUCUAUGUGAAAGCUGGGGUGGUGACAAUGCCAGAAUAUUUAAGGAAACGUUUUGGUGGGGACCGGAUCCGGAUUUAUCUGUCUGUGCUCUCUCUUCUUCUUUAUGUCUUCACCAAGAUCUCUGCAGACAUGUUCUCAGGAGCAAUCUUUAUCCAGCAGGCCAUGAGGAUCAAUAUAUACAUAGCCAUUGUCAUGUUGCUUGCCAUCACUGCCCUGUACACAGUCACAGGGGGGCUUGCGGCUGUCAUUUACACAGACACCUUACAGACCAUCAUCAUGUUAGUGGGAUCCUUCAUCCUUAUGGGAUUUGCAUUUAAUAAAGUUGGAGGAUAUGACCAGUUUAUGGAGAAGUACAUGAAUGCUAUCCCUUCUGUGAUCUCUUAUGAUAACAUAACCGUUCCUGAGCAAUGUUAUACCCCACGAGAUGACUCAUUUCACCUUUUCCGUGACCCACUCACUGGGGACAUGCCAUGGCCAGGGCUCAUCUUUGGUCUGACCAUUCUUGCCCUGUGGUACUGGUGCACAGAUCAGGUGAUCGUUCAGCGAUGUCUGUCAGCCAAGAACAUGUCUCAUGUAAAAGCUGGCUGUAUUUUGUGUGGGUAUCUCAAACUGCUGCCCAUGUUCCUCAUGGUAUUUCCAGGAAUGAUCAGCCGUAUCCUAUAUACAGAUGAAGUCGCUUGUGUUGUACCUUCUCUGUGUAAGAAAUUCUGUGAUACUGAGGUUGGAUGCACAAAUAUUGCCUACCCGAAAAUGGUGAUAAACCUGAUGCCGGAUGGUCUCAGAGGUCUGAUGCUCUCGGUGAUGUUAGCAUCUCUCAUGAGUUCUCUCACUUCCAUCUUCAAUAGUGCUAGCACCCUCUUCACCAUGGAUAUUUACACAAAGAUUCGGAGGACAGCAAGCGAGAAGGAACUAAUGAUAGCUGGAAGGGUUUUUAUCCUCUUCCUCAUUGGAGUGAGCAUUGCAUGGGUUCCGAUACUGCAGUCUGCCCAGAGUGGUCAGCUGUUUGAUUACAUGCAGUCCAUCACAAGUUACCUGGGCCCACCUAUUGCUUCUGUCUUUUUCCUUGCUAUCUUUGUCAAGAGGGUGAAUGAGCAGGGAGCAUUCUGGGGGUUAAUAAUUGGACUCCUCAUUGGCCUUUCAAGGAUGAUUGCAGAAUUUGCCUUUGGAACUGGAAGUUGCGUGAAACCCAGCAACUGCCCCAAAAUUAUCUGCGGAGUUCACUAUCUGUACUUUGCCAUCAUCCUGUUUACUGCAACCUCCAUCAUUGUCUUGGCAAUAUCAUUCAUGACCAAACCCAUACCUGAUAAGCAUCUCUAUCGCUUGUGCUUUGCCCUGAGAAACAGCACUGAGGAGCGAGAGGAUCUAGAUGCAAAUGACUGGGCUGCUGAGGAACCGGAAGAGGAAAAGGAGGAGGAGGAAGAGAAAAAGCUGAGUUGCUGGAGGAAAUCUUACAACUGGUUCUGUGGAUUUGAUGAUAAGAAGCCCCCCAAACUGAGUGAGGAAGAGAAGAAGGCCCUGGAGCAAAAGAUGACGGACACUUCAGAGAAGCCCCUGUGGAGGAACGUGGUCAACAUCAACGGCAUCAUCCUGCUGGCUGUAGCUGUGUUCUGCCAUGCAUUUUUCGCAUAGUCACUAUUUUGAACUUGAAACAAAAAUCCCAGUAAAUUUCAUUAUACAGGAGAAACUUUUUUUUUACAUUUUUUUGGUGGAAAUUAUCUUGUAUACACACAGCAAUGCAAAGAGCACAUGGUAUGCACACUCUGUGGCAAGCAAGACUUCAGGUUCCUGCAGGCAAUGAACCACAGAAAACAGCACUAACAAGGCCCUGUCCAGUGGGUUAAACCUGGUUCUAGCAAAAAUGGUUUUAAUGAACUCCAUGAUGCAAUGCUUCAGCUGCUAAAUGCUACAUUAUCAGGCCCAGACUGGCCAUUUAUGGAUUCUGGCAAAUGCCAGAUGCACUGCUGUAAGAUGCCAUAGACAGUCACUAUUUAUUGAGCUGGUGGGGAGUUGUUUGGGCCUCUGUGUACUUGAAAUGCUAGACCCAUUUUGAAUACCAAACCAAAUCUUUCGAUUAUAGCACCAAUAUACUAGGAGUUGUAGUUCCACAAUAGCAGGAAGGUGAGGGUGUAGAUUGCCCACCCCUGGUUGAAAAGAUCUGAUGAAAUGGAAGCAUCCUAUAAUCUGUCAAAUCCCUAUUGGUUUAUAACAGGUAAUAAGAUCCUGAUAUUUUAAUAAAUAAAUGGAAACAAUUU